GAUAUCGAUUUUUCAGAUAUUGAGGCAAAAUAUCAAGUGCAAUACGAUGAUGGAUUCGACCAUGUCGUCGUCGUUGACGGCGUUCCUAUCAUCGAUCGGUCAAAGUUGGAGAGGUUGUUGACGAAAGUGACAAAGGAGUUUUCGAGGCAAGGUGUUUCGAUCAAACAUGAAGAUAUAUUCAUGCCAUGGGACGACGCAACGGGAAAGAGCAAGGGGUUUAUGUUUGUGGAAUUCCGCCACGUAGAUGACGCAAACCUUGCAAUUGCGGCUCUGAAUGGGCACCCGUUCGAUGCGAGACACACCUUCAGAGUCAACUACUUCACUGACAUUGAGCGGUAUGCGGGUAUGGAUGAGGCAUAUGUUGAGCCAGAACUCGAGGACUACGUUCCACGGGAACAUCUCCGCGCUUGGCUUGCAGACCCUCAAAGCCGUGAUCAGUAUGUAACAUAUCGAGGAGAGGAGGUUCUGAUUAAUUGGCAUGGUAAACCCUCGCAAGGCUUAGUGUUGAAUGCUUUUCAGGAUUGGAAGGACUUUCUCUACGUAGCGUGGUCUCCCUUGGGGACCUACAUUGCGACUUUGCAUCGACAAGGAGUACGUUUAUGGGGAGGUUCCUCUUGGAAGCCUCAGCAGCGGUUCGCCCAUCCGAUGGUGAAGCUCAUCGACUUCUCUCCCUGCGAGCAAUAUCUUGUCACCUGGUCUAACGAGCCUAUCGUUGUCCCAGAGGGAGCUUUGCAAGGUCCCCAAUACUUCUCGCCUGACGAUGAAGGCAACAACAUUGCUGUAUGGGAUAUAAAAUCAGGCGAUCUUCUCAGAACAUUUUCCACAUUUAACGACAAUGACGCUCCAUCAUCGAAGAAACAAAUGCAAUGGCCCGCCCUGAAAUGGAGCCCCGACGAUAAAUUUGUUGCACGCAUCACUCCAGGGCAGAUGAUCAGUGUUCAUGAACUUCCGGGCAUGUAUCUCCAUGGCAAAAAAAGCUUAAAAAUUGAAGGCGUAGUCGACUUUGAGUGGUGCCCACAAGGUGACAAGGAUAAGGAGGACCUGGAAAAGGACGCUAAAGUGAUGGCGAGUGGCUCUGCUGCCAAGACUUCAAAAAAAGCUCGCGAAAACAUGCUGGUUUACUGGACCCCUGAAGUUGCAAAUCAGCCCGCGCGCGUUACCCUCCUUGGCUUUCCCAGUCGCACCAUUUUGCGACAGAAGAAUUUGUUCAACGUCACCGAAUGUAAACUCUACUGGCAAAAUCAGGGCGAUUUCCUUUGUGUCAAGGUGGAUCGACAUACUAAAACUAAGAAAUCGAUCUUCUGUAACUUGGAAAUUUUUCGGAUGCGUGAAAAAGAUUAUCCUGUUGAAGUUGUCGAACUAAAAGACACCGUUCUGGAUUUUUCUUGGGAGCCGAAGGGCGAGCGAUUUGCCAUUGUUUCCAGCUCUGAUCCUAACCUUGGCAAUCCUGGGCCGGGAGUGACCACAAAAACGGAUGUUAGCUUCCAUCAGUUGGAACACGGCAAGAAUUUCAAACUCCUACGUACUUUGCCUGGAAGGACUAGCAAUGCAAUCCGAUGGUCCCCGCGAGGGCGACAUGUGGUUCUUGCAACUGUUGGAUCCUCUAGUAAAUCUGAGUUGGAAUUUUGGGAUUUAGACUUCAAUUCGGACGAUGCUAAUCGAAGAGAGGGUCAAAACACAGACUGGGGCAGUGGUAUCCAACUCCUCGGAACUGCCGACCACUACGGUGUAACCGACGUUGAAUGGGAUCCCAGUGGCCGUUAUUUAGCCACGAGUGCUAGUGCAUGGACACAUACGCUCGAAAAUGGCUUUGCAAUUUGGGACUUCCGUGGACAAGAACUAAUAAAACAAAUUCAAGACAGAUUCAAACAAUUUAUCUGGCGACCACGCCCGAUCAGCCUAUUAACAAAAGAAAAACAGAGACAAGUUCGCAAGAACCUCCGAGAGUACAGUCGUGCAUUCGAUGAAGACGAUGCUGCAGAAGAGAGCAGUGUCAGUGCGGAACUCAUUGCCCUUCGUAAACGACUCGUGGAUGAGUGGAACGCAUGGCGCACACUUCAGAAGAAGGAACUAGGUGAGCAAAAGAGCUUGAAAAGUCAGACUGCGAGCGAGGAAAAGGAGGAAAUCGAAGUUUGGGUUGACGAAGUCAUUGAACAGAUAGAAGAGGAGGUUGUGGAAUAGCGGAAUGACAUACUUUGUACAUC